GGUUUAAAAUGUGCAUGCAAAUAAUUUGGGCAAACCCCUUCCUGCUCUGAUCCCUCCCACGGAAACAGCAUUAAAAAUAUUAAUGUAUCAUUUCUAGUGGAAUAAAGUGGUUGUUUUGCAGCGGAAGAAUCUUCCUUCUUGGGGAAUCUGGGAGGGUCCCGUUGAUGCCAAUCUCAAACACCAUCACUUGUUGCAUCAGCCCCUUCUAGAGACCCACAAGAGACGAGAAAGCCGCUUCACAAUCCAGGAACCAUCACUUGCUGCGUACAUUUGGGGGGGUCCCAUCUGCACUCUGGGAUACAAGGACCCUUUGCCAGAAACAAAAUGGCUGCCGAACAGAUGCCUAUGGUGGGAUUCAGCCUCCAGUUGCAGGCAGCCCUGGAGAAGUGGAUGCAGCCGGGGUUCAAAAUUCAGGAGCAAGGCACAUUGAUUGCCAAAGCAGGGGAGGACGUGGGGGGAACAGGAACCCCCUCAAGGGUAAGCUGUGCUGGGAGAAUUAGGGGAUUGACUCAAAGGGCACCGGUGCAGCAGGUGAAACAGGAACCCGGUGAUGUGCUGCAUCAGCAAUGGGAAGCUCAGUGGCAGGACUUCUUGAAGAUGGUGGAGUCUCAACAGUCUCGAUGGGGCAUCGCACAGUUACUACAGGAGCCAUCGCUGUGGGACGAUGCAAAUGCCUUCCUGGCCUCCUUCGAGCAAGUGGCUGAAGCCUGCCGGUGGCCCCAGGAAGAGUGGGCGACCCGACUCCUGCCGGCCCUCAGUGGAGAAGCCGAGCAGGCCUAUAACAGUCUGGAGGCUGGAGACAGAGAAGAUUAUGGGAAAGUGAAAGCAGCCAUCUUGAAAGGGGAUGCCCUGAGGAGGGAGAAGCUGCGUCAGCACUUCAGGGGCUUCUGCUACCAGGAGGCCGAGGGGCCCAGAGGGGCCUACAGCCGGCUCCAGGAACUUUGCUCACGGUGGCUGAAAGUCGAGAGGCACUCCAAGGAGCAAAUCCUAGAGCUGCUCAUUCUUGAACAGCUCUUGACUGUCCUGCCAGCAGAGGUCCAGAACUGGGUGAGGGAGUGUGGCCCUGAGACCUGCUCCCAAGCGGUGGCCCUGGCUGAGGAUUUCCUGCAGGUGCGACAGGAGGCUCCGAAGCAGGAAAAGGAGGUACCAUUUGCCAAGGUGGUGGACACCCCCCUCUCCCUGGCACAGCAGACUCCAUCUGGCAGCGGGAAGAAGUGGCUGGACAGGGAGGCCAAGGUGGAGGGGGAUGGAGGAGAUGUCGACUCACCGGAUGAAAGAGGAAUGCGCAUCAGCAAUGCAGAGAAACAUGCAGUGGAAGAGUCCACUGAGAUGAGACCGCGCAGAGCGUUCAUUGGGAGAGGAGAAGAGAACAAUUCUCAGUUUUGCAAGAAUGCCUCGGGGAGUCGCUAUAGACUGGAGUGGCAGCAGGAACCCCCCCCAGGAGCAAGAACAGAUGAAUCCAUUCCGUGCAUGGGGGUUUACAAUGAGCUCAGCCAAGCCCCAGGUCACCAAACGAUGCACACUGGUAAGACACGAAAAACCUGCAAUGUUUGUGGGAGAAGCUUCCGUCACGGGUCAAACCUCAUUAAACAUAAGAGAAUUCACACAGGAGAAAAACUGUACAGCUGUUUGCAUUGUGGGCAGAGAUUCAGCCGCAGUUCAAAUCUUAACCGUCAUCAGAGAAUCCACACAGCAGGUCACUGGCGUGAGAGUGAGAAUGAAGAGAGAGAGAAUUGCGGGGACAUUUUGGAGCAAUCGGAACCGAUCGCAGUCCUUUCGAGAUCGGCAAUGGAGAACACAACUCGGGCUCAGAGAAGAGGGGAAGCCUCCGAGAGUCAGUCCAGGAAGCGGCAGGAAAGAGACACCCCAAGGAAAAGAGCGGCUCAGUCAGUUUCCUGUGGGGCACAGGAGAAGGCUCCCAGUGAAGAGGUGCCGUGGCCAAAACGAAAGGCGUACGCCGUGCCUCCUGAGAGACCCUUCAAGCUUGGCUCAUCGGCCCGCCGUAAAUGUGAGCGGCUGCAUGUGGCAGAGACGCCCUACAGCUGUGCCGAGUGUGGGAAGAGCUUCAUUCACCAGAGGAGCCUUCACACGCAUCAGAGGCUUCACACUGGCGAAAAGCUCUACGAGUGUCCCGACUGCGCAAAGAAAUUCCUCAGCAAGUCAAAACUCGCCAGGCACCAGAGACUCCAUACUGGGGAGAGACCAUACAAGUGUUCACAGUGCUGGCGGAGCUUCAGCCAGAGCUACAACCGAACGGAACAUGAGCGAACCCACACAGGGGAGAAGCUCAGUAAUAACUGGCCUGCUGCCCGUGUGAGGAAUUUUGGUGGCAGUUCCUGUAUGGCUGCGCACGAAGGAACCCGUAAAAGCGAGAAACCAUAUAAGUGUUCCUAUUGGGGGAAUAGUCUCCCUUCAAGCUCUGCAGAAACCUAAAAGGAUCCCACCUGAAAGGAAAAAGACUUUCAGUGUUGACCAAAGCAUGGGAAAGCCUCCGUUCUGAAGCUGUUGCUAAUUAGACUGCACAUAUGUUUGAUUGGCUGAGAGGCAUGAGUGUCAUACGUGGGCGGGGUGAGCAGGAGGAGGUUCUGGUUGCCUAUUGGCUGAGCUGCUGAGAACCUAGUGAAGGAGCCAGGAAGAAAGAAGGGUCUAGCAAAAGAGGAGUCAAAGACCCAGGGGCCUGGGAAAACGAGAAGGCAGCAGGCAGAGGGAAACAUGGAGACCUAGGACAGAAGGGUUGUGUGAAUGGUUGAGAGCAGAGAUGGGAAGCCAUUGGCCCUCUUGUUGUCACUGGACUUCCAUCCCCCAUCAGCCCAGCCAGUAUGGCCAAUGGGUCAGGAAUGGUGGGAGGCUGCAGUCCAACAACGUCUGGAGGACCACAGGUUCCCCAUUCCUGGUGUAGAGAUCUUUUCCUCUCCCCCUAAUUCAGGUAUGGGGAACCUGUAUCACCAACAUGUCACCCCGCUGCUGAAAGAAUUGCACAGGCUACUCAUUAGCUACCAGGCCAAGGUCAAGGUUCUGGUUUUGGUGUACAAAGCCCUAUACAGCUUGGGACCAGGAUACCUGAGAGACCGUCUGACAGAGUGAGGUGAGGGCUGUGAUGUUCCUAUAUUAAUGUAUAUAUGGUAAGUGUUGUUGUUUUAGAAGAUACAUGGUAAGUGGAGUGAAAGAGGAGGGGAUUGAAUGGGCAGUAGAAUGCUGGAUGAUUGGCUGAGUGUUUAAAAUGGCUGAAUGUAUAAAAGGAAGAGUGAGAGUGGAAUCUGGGGGGGAGAAGAGAACUGAGUGGGUUGGUUGGUGGGGUUUAGAGAGUUGUUUGCCAGGAGGGAGGUGGAGUUCGGAUUAGU